AUGCAGGUGGGGUCACGGAUGAUUAAAGCAGUGGCAGGUGGACUCCACUUUGAAACUAUCAAUAGACCCCCGGGAGCUGAAUCAAACAGCAAACCCUCCAUCUCUGUCAGCCCGGGCUUUCAGUGGCACCGAGGGAGAGGACAUGCAGAGGCUGACCCUGCAGCCUUUGACCAGAAGGGUCUUGGCCGUGGAGGUGGGGUAGUAAUCUAUACAUCUAUCUAUCAAAUCUAUCUAUCUAUCUAUCUAUCUAUACACUCUGUGUGCAACAACGUGGCACUUGCCAUGCAACAUUACCCGGCAGCCUGGGGACACUAUGACGUGUGCAAGUCCCAGAUCUAUACAGAGGAGGGUGUUGCUUGGGACUACAUGGCCUGUCAGCCAGAAGCAACCGACAUGACAAAGUACCUGCAAGUGGCCCUCGACCCCCCGAAUAUCACGUGUGGAGAUCCGCCAGAAACGUACUGCGCUUUGGAGAAUCCUUAUAUGUGCAACAAUGAAUGUGAUGCCACCACUGAGGAGCUGGCUCAUCCUCCUAAGCUCAUGUUCGACUUUGAGGGUCGUAAUCCCACAACUUUUUGGCAGUCCACCUCAUGGAAGAAAUACCCAAAGCCCCUGCAGGUCAACAUCACGCUGUCAUGGAACAAGACAAUUGAGCUGACUGAUGAUAUUGUACUGACCUUUGAGUCAGGCCGACCAGAGCAGAUGGUCCUGGAAAAGUCGCUCGACUAUGGCCGAACCUGGACCCCUUACCAGUUCUAUGCCACCGACUGCCUGGACGCCUUCACCAUGGAACCCAAGACAGUAGGUGAUCUCACCCAGCGCACCCUGCUGGAUAUCAUCUGCACUGAGGACUACUCCCGAGGCUACGUGUGGAAGAACGACAAGACGGUACGUUUCGAGAUAAAGGACCGCUUUGCCUUGUUUGCCGGACCUCGACUACACAACAUGGCCUCGCUGUAUGGUCAGCUGGAUACCACCAAGAACCUGAGGGACUUCUUCACCAUCACUGAUCUGAGGAUUAGGCUGCUGAAGCCAGCCACUGGAGCCACCAUGGUGGAUGAGAACAACCUGUCCAGAUAUUUCUAUGCCAUCUCCGACAUCAAAGUGCAGGGGAGGUGCAAGUGCAACCUGCAUGCCAACAGCUGUGUGUUUGACAAGGGGAAGCUGGGAUGUGAGUGUGAACAUAACACCACAGGGCCAGACUGCAGUCGCUGUAAGAGGCACUACCAUGGAAGAGCCUGGAGUGUGGGCUCCUACCUCCCUAUACCCAAAGGAACUGCAAAUAUAUGUAUUCCCAGUAAUCAUGGACCUGUGCAUCGAGCAAAUGCUUCAUCUCUUGGUGUUGCAAAUCGUAACCAAGCUCGGGUGUGUGACAACGCGAUGCUGCGCUGUCAGAACGGUGGCACGUGCCACCACCAUCAGCGGUGCCAUUGUUCCCCCGGCUUCACGGGUGUCCUGUGUGAGAGAGCUCGCUGCCAGGGCCCCGGGGAGUGUGAUGACCAAUUGUCUGGACGGGCCUCCUUCCAUCAUCCCCCGAUCAGUCGCCAGCUCGCUCUUUCCCUCAUAGUGCUCCUGCUAUUGAUUGUUUCCCUUUGCUGAGAGACCUGAACGGUCUCCCAUCCUCAACCAAAACCCUAAAACCACAUACGUUGAGACUGACUUCUCAACCUUAAGGACAUGAAUGACAAAAGAUGUGUGGACAAUGUGCUCAGCAUACAAUAUAAGCAACUCUUUUGUAUAUCCAAGGCUGCAGUGGUGGGCGAAAGUGUAAUUAGUGCAACAGGUUGUGCACUGAUCUGUUAUACUGAAUGCUAGAUGGAUUUAUGAAAGGCUUGGUGAAGUCACUGCUGUCUUAUAAUCUCGCAGAGGAAACGGUCGGAGCCCUCGCUUUGUGAUUAUGCCAUUGGCUGAUACUUCAUUAAAGGAGACUGGAGACACCACCCAGAGGUUUCUAGAGCUACCCACAUUCUGAGAGCAAACUGUACAAAACUAGACACGACAUUAUGAAAAUAAUAAUAAUAAUAAUAAUGAUAACAAUAAUAAUAAUAAAUAAUAAUGAUAACGUGGACGGGGACAUCUUAAAACAUCUUGCCUCACUGCCUUCUUCCUUACUUGUUCUUCUCUCCUUUCUCCCUUUCCUUCACUCCUCCCUUUAUCCCUCACUUUCUCCUUCCUGUGCUUUGGUGACUCUGGUGAUUUUACUUUGCUGAAGGGUGUCUGUUGUUUUGCCAAAUGCUGCACAUGUAUUAUUAUCAAGCCCCUUGACAAGAACCAAUCUAGGAUUUUUUCUUUUCUCUUUUUCAGAGGCUUUGUAGUCAUGCUUGAGCUCACCUGUGUGGGAAAAAAAGAAGUUGUAACAUACAGUAACUGUAUUUAAUUUUUGUAUAAAACAGA